CUGACUCUGGUCACACCGCGCGGAGUGUUACGCGAAACACGAAAGUCAGGCGAGCUGUUGCUAAAUUAAAUAAAAAAAAAUAGUUGUAAAAACAUGAGCUGUUGAAAGACGCAAGCACAGCUCAGUGAAAUAAACACGAAUAUCUGAUGACACACACCCACACACAGAUUAUCAAGAUUAUUAGUUUAUCGCGUCGCGAUUAGUGUAUUUUUUGUUUUUUUUUUUUGGUGUUUUUGCUUUGUAGUUUUUAUCGAUUAAAUUGUGUAUGGAAACGAGACACGAGAGUAAAGAGCAAAGGAGACAUUUGGAGACUGCUGCUUGCUGUUGGGCGCGCAAACAAAACACUCACGCAUACACUCUCAAUUAAUUUAGAGCGAGCAACAAACACGGAAGCGCAACGCAACUAAUAAUAAAAAUAAACCGAGCGAUUUUAUGAUGUCUUGUAAAACGGAAAAUAGCAACGGCAACGGUAGCGUAUCGCUUAUCAGUCGGAGCAGCAGCGAGAGUUUUGAUAACAUGCAUAAGAUGGUGAAUGGCAAGCAUAAACCACCGAAACAAACGCAAGAUCAGCAACAGCAGCAACAACAACAACCACAGCCACAACAACAACAGCAGCAGCAACAGGCCCAGCAACCACAACAACAGCUGCAGCAGCAGCAACAACAACAGCAACCAGCGACGCCACAAAAACAAGCAAUGUCGGCGGACGAGCGAAAAGCCACCAAGAAAUCUCUAGUCAUUGUUGUUGCAAUAUUUGUGGCCAGCUUAACGGCCAUGUUCUACGUUUAUGCAAUAUUCCCCGAAUUGAAUGCCUCUGAGAAGCAACAUUUGAAAAUACCACGUGAUAUACAAGAUGCUAAAAUGCUGGCCAAAGUCUUGGAUCGCUACAAGGACAUGUAUUAUUUUGAAGUGAUGUUUGGCGUAGUCGUCGCCUAUGUAUUCCUACAAACAUUCGCCAUUCCUGGUUCGUUAUUCCUGUCGAUCUUACUUGGAUUCCUCUACAAAUUCCCGAUCGCCUUGUUUCUCAUCUGCUUCUGCUCGGCGCUGGGCGCCACACUCUGCUAUGCACUCUCCAAUCUGGUGGGACGUCGACUCAUCCGUCACUUUUGGCCCAAAAAGACGAGUGAAUGGUCGCGUCACGUCGAGGAGUAUCGCGACAGUUUGUUCAACUAUAUGCUCUUCUUGCGCAUGACUCCCAUACUGCCCAAUUGGUUCAUCAAUCUGGCAUCGCCGGUGAUCGGUGUGCCGAUGCACAUCUUUGCCCUCGGCACCUUUUGCGGUGUUGCCCCGCCAUCGGUGAUCGCCAUACAGGCGGGCAAAACGCUCCAGAAGAUGAGCAGCUCGAGUGAGGCGUUCUCGUGGACCUCGAUGGGUGUGUUAAUGCUUUGUGCGUGCGCCUCUCUGUUGCCGGGUCUGCUUAAAAACAAGUUCAAGAAGAAGAAGGUGGCGUAAACCUCGACGGAAGAACAAAUUGAAGAGAAAAUCCUGCAGAGAAAGUUCACAACAACAACAACAACCACAACCACAACAAAUUAAAUGAUAUGUACCAAAAACAAGAACGAAAACAAAAAAAAAAACACAACAUAACGAAAAGUAUAGAAACAUUUCACCGGA